AUGAAAAUCAAGAAUCGAGAUCGAUUCAAUGAUCUUCCACGAGAAAUCACGGUGGACAUCCUGUCAAGACUCCCCGCUCGAAGCAUCGUGAGGUCCAAGUGCGUUUGCAAGGCAUGGCGCGAUCUGGUGCAGUCCCCCGAAUUCGGCCCGUGGCAUGCUCGUCGUGCGGCCUUGUCCUCGGGCCGCCUCCCCACCGUUGAGGACCUCACAUUCUCAAACCCUAACUUGCUGUUCCCCGAAUUCGGCCCGUGGCAUGCUCGUCGUGCGGCCUUGUCCUCGGGCCGCCUCCCCACCGUUGAGGACCUCACACUCCCAAACCCGAACUUCUUACUCUUGGGGUUUAUUGAUGAUAAUGAAGUGCUACAAAAGCUACCCAAUGGUUUUGUUCUCUCCCAUAUCCCUAACUCAUUUACACAUAGCGCAGUUAAUGGCUUGCUCUUCAUGAUCAACUUGAUCUCCGCGCCUGAACUAUUCAUAUGCAAUCCAAUCACUCGUGAGUAUGUCACUUUUACUCUUGAGCGUGAUUGUUGGGAAUAUGCAUUUGGAUUUGGUGUAAGCAAAAGUGGUCAGCACAAGCUUGUUAUGAUUUCUCAAUCUCAAAAUACGUGUCAAGUAUACACUCUAGGCACGGGGCAGUGGAGAAGCAUCGCAAUUGGGAGCCAGUUUGAGUAUGACGUGGAGUACGAGGUUGCUUUUGUUAAUGGGAAUCUUCACUGGCUUGUACUACAUGAUAGUCGCGAAGCUAUGAUUUCUUGUCUCGAUCUUGAAACAGAGCUAUUUACCUCUUUUUCUUGUCCUGGACAAAGAGGCUAUUAUCAAUUACUCAAUUUUCAGUAUUUCUCACUAUCUGAUUUGGGGGGUCUCUUGUGCUUCAGUGAUGAUACAUAUGGUGAUGAUCCAUAUGAAGAAGGGAUUAAAAUAUGGUGCAUGAAAGAGUAUGGAGAUGACAAAUCUUGGACUCUUGAUUAUGUUAUCAAGAGACAUAUGGGAAUGCUCGAAAUUGGUCAGUGUGUUCGUCAUGCAUUCAGAUAUGAUCAAAAUAUGCCAGUAGACAGAGUUCACAGUGUUCUUGUGAGAUUCGACGCAUUCAAAAAGGGGCAUCAUGAUUUCCGUGAUGAUUAUGAUAUUCUUCGUCAUAUAUUAAAAUAUAAUAUGAGUGAGCACGUUAACGAGGAUGAAAUUGAUGAUAUUAUUGAUGAAAUUCUACUACUCGGAAAUGCGCAUGAUAAGCUUUAUCCCGUUAAAGCAUUGCAAGAUGGCGGGAUCUUACUCUCAUUGGAUAAAUCUGCUCGAAUAUUCUACUACCCGAAUGUCGCGACUAAACCUAUUCGACAGAUCGCAAACGCGCAGAUCUAUUAUGAUGAUUCCAACUUAGUUAUUUAUAGUCCUAGUUUUGUUUCCCUCAAAUCCUUGGUGAUGGAUAAUAUGACUGUGCACUCGUUUUAG